ACCUAGUCAGAAGCAUAUAUCGAAUUCACCACUUAAUUAAGCUUGAAUGUAAACUCUAUUGGAAGUGACUUUAUUCCGAGUGCUUUAGUGCAUUAAACUGAAGAUUGGGACAGCCGCCUUAGAACAAAUCAGCAAUUUGUAAAAGAAUGUCUUGUGGUUCAACAUCGGGAGUGUGGACUCUUUUGAAAGGAACCUCGAAAAUGCCCAAAUUGAUUUGAAUCUGGAACCGGAAAACUUUGUGCCAGUAAUUUAUAAAGCAGAAAUGGAAUCCGCUAGUUUGACUGGUGUUGUUUUACCGACAAUCCUGGUAGCAGGAAUUGUGGUAUGCAUGAUGAGCAUAGCCGAAAUGAUGGUUGGUAGACGAGGCAAACGAGGAGGCGUUAUGGAAAGUACCGCCAAAAUGAUAAAUCCAAGUGAAGUUGGAGUUAAAUUCAAGGAUGUUGCUGGAUGUGAAGAAGCUAAAAUCGAAAUUAUGGAGUUCGUCAAUUUUCUGAAGAACCCCCAGCAAUAUAUCGAUCUAGGAGCUAAAAUACCUAAAGGAGCUAUGCUUACAGGUCCUCCUGGAACAGGUAAAACUCUACUAGCCAAAGCUACUGCAGGAGAAGCACAUGUUCCAUUUUUAUCAGUAUCAGGUUCAGAAUUUUUGGAGAUGUAUGUAGGUGUUGGUCCUUCUAGGGUGAGGGACUUAUUCUCUAUGGCGAGAAAGAACGCACCUUGUAUCUUGUUUAUAGAUGAAAUAGACGCUGUUGGUCGAAAGAGAGGUGGAAGAAGUUUUGGCGGACAUUCAGAGCAAGAAAACACGCUGAUUCAACUUUUAGUCGAAAUGGAUGGUUUUAAUACCACCACAAAUGUUGUAGUUCUUGCAGCAACAAACCGUGUUGACAUCUUGGACAAGGCUCUUUUGAGACCUGGUCGAUUCGAUAGGCAAAUAGUCGUUCCUGCUCCCGACAUAAAGGGUAGAGCUAGUAUUUUCAAGGUUCAUUUGGAACCGUUGAAAACCAAUUUGAAUAAAAAUGAUCUCGCUAGGAAAAUGGCAGCACUUACUCCAGGCUUCACUGGAGCUGAUAUCGCAAAUGUAUGCAACGAAGCUGCUUUGAUUGCAGCAAGAGAUUUAAACGAAUCAAUAAAUAUGAAAAAUUUCGAACAGGCUAUUGAAAGAGUUGUCGCUGGUAUGGAGAAGAAAACCAAUGUUCUUUCACCUGAGGAAAAGAAAACGGUGGCAUAUCAUGAGGCCGGACAUGCUGUCGCAGGUUGGUUUUUGGAACAUGCAGAUCCUCUUCUAAAAGUAUCUAUUAUACCGCUUGGAAUUGGAUUGGGAUAUACCCAGUAUUUACCCAAAGAUCAAUACCUAUACACUAAAGAACAACUUUUUGAUAGAAUGUGUAUGACCUUAGGAGGACGAGUAUCUGAAGAGCUUUUCUUCAAGAGGAUCACAACAGGGGCUCAAGACGAUUUGCAAAAAGUAACACAAAGUGCCUAUGCUCAGAUAGUACAUUAUGGAAUGAACAGUAAAGUUGGCAAUGUUAGUUUUGAAAUGCCUAGGCAAGGAGAUAUGCAAUUUGAGAAACUCUAUUCCGAGAGCACCUCUCAACUCAUAGAUGCAGAAGUAAGAAUAUUAAUAGCAAAUGCACAUAAAAGAACGACAGAAUUACUGACAAAACAUAAAGAUUUAGUUGCCAAAGUUGCAGAAAGAUUACUUCAACGUGAAAUCAUAAGCAGAGAUGACAUGAUUGAAUUAUUAGGUAAAAGACCAUUCCCAGAAAAAUCAACCUAUGAAGAAUUUGUUGAGGGUACAGGAUCAUUUGAAGAGGAUACUACUUUACCUGAGGGUCUCAAAGACUGGAAUAAAUCAAAAGAAAAGAAGGAAGGACCAGCUGUUAGUGCUGGUGUAUGAAUUUUUUUUAUGUAUUAAAUGUAUAAUUGAAA